CCUGCUCUUCUCUCGCGAUUCCUGCACGAAUCACAGAGCCUGUAACCGAUCUAUAUUUAACUCCUGUUCAAAUCUUUAUUACACCGGUGUCGUUCGAUUCAAUUUACUGUUCCAGCGAUUUGAUUGUCCUUUGAAAAAUUGAACAUACCUACGGUGUGAAUCAACCUUUAUGGUAUUACGGUCGCGUAAGGUGUUAUAAAUUUCAGACAUUAGUAAUCCGUAUAACAAGUGGUAUUUGCGUUGCGAUAGCACGUGGAACGGCACUCGCGAGGGACAGAAAAUUGAUCGCUCCAGGUUGGACGGGACCGGGGAUAUUCUAUUUGCGAAUCUCGCGUGUCUCCCUUUCUAAAUCCGUAAUGCGAUCGCAAUGCGAAGAAUGACACGAACACGUCAUUUUAAUCUGCAGCCCGGUGCAACCGGGAAGAGAUCGAUGUGUUCAUGGAACGACAGACUCGAUGCUUUGUUCGUUUGACAGCCGAGAUCUCCGAUCAUCGCGCGAUUACUAUCUUCGUUGGCAUUCAAUUAACGCUCGAGCACGUGUUAAACGCGUUCUAAGAUACGUUUAACGUCAAUCGCAAUGCUUGUCUCGCAGUUCGUGAUGAACGUUUGCAAUGCGAACAGGUGAUAUCUCCCUGAUGGAUAGACUCGGAUUUCUGCAACAAAUUUUCAAACGUGAUACUAUAUUGAUAUCGAGUGGUAAUUUAUGCUGUAAACUAUGACUUUAUAUCCGAAGGUUGUUUUUUAAAAUAAGACUGUUCAUUGAUCGUUCGAUGUUUCAAAAUAUAAUCAAGGUUGGCUAGAAACUUGAACGAUCAUCUUUUAAAAGAUAACAAAUUUACAUUUUCUUGUAUUAGGCACAAUAAAUCUUGAGUUUAUUUCAUUUAUGGAAAUUUAAGAAUCUAAUUCAUGAUAUCGGAGUGAAACUGAUUGCUUCAUUGGAAAGAGGUUUGACUAUUCAGGUUGUACUUAUGAAAUCGGAUCCAGUCCGAACACUUUAUCCUUGACUUUUUGUUACAUUUUCUCUGCUCAAACGUUCCAUUUUAGGAAUAUAUGCCGUGAACUAAGUCGAUAGACUAACUGACACGUCGUUAAACUGCACGUGCAACGUGAUUCACGAGCGCAAUAAUUGUGACAAUCAUUUAUUAUACUCUUCUUGCCCUCUCUCUAUCUCUUUCCGUAGACCCUCGGUUCUAUCAGCAGGGAACACAGUUCGUGUCUAAGUGUCUUGAGACUUGCAUACGAAUCGUGGAUUACGCGCUUCGAUUUUGCUAAAUCACGCGAGUCGAGUACGCGAUGACUAUAAAUCUUCCGGUAGUGAGGAAAGCGAUUGCGAGAAAGCCGAUAAUUGCAUGCAAUAAAUAAUUUACAUAUUCGUAGAGUCACUGAACAGUCUCCUCCAUCAUUCUUUAAGUAAUCGGUUUUCACGAUGACACAAUAGAAAAUUGGAUUUUUUAGAUGGGACACUAUUGAAAUACCACCGCAGCGAAAGGGUUAAACGCGUUUCAACUGUUAAAAAGGUACUUUGGUCGGCAGUGAUUCGACUGUGUCACCGUUUCCUGUGUCUAAUCCGUCGCGCAAAGACCCCUUUCGAGCGUCGACGACACAAAGCUACUUAAACAAUUCUUCCCCAUUGACUUCUGCGUCACGUAGAAGCUCGUUUCUUGUACCAGCGACAACUGAAUCGCACCGUCCUCGCAUACUCGAUUGUUCUCACAAUGAAGAUUUUUCAUGUCGCGGCUAUUCGUUGCUUUAUUAUCGCGCGUGCACGGAAACGCGCGGUCCUUCGUUCCCGAAGAUUCAUUCGAGCCUCUUCGUCGCUGCUGAAACGACCAAACAUCGUUUCAACGAAAAGGUGGUUUAGCCGCAGGCAGCCGCGAGAGAUGUGGUCACGAACGCGAUUCUUGGUGCUGGCUUCGAUGCUCGCGUUGCUUGUUGGUGCACGGGUCAGCAACGGGUCGCAGAGGCCGCGUCUCGGCGGUGCCGUGAACAUCUUCAGCCGAUACGGUUACCUGAGCAUCAGCAUGAGAGUUGUGCCUAGAAACGACACCGACACAUGGAUAUUCCGCGAGCCGACCUUGGACGUGUUCAGGAAUCCUGUCCCGGUAGCGAGUAGGCAACGGCAACAGGCACCCGCCGUGUUCGACGGUGAUUUCCACAUGGAAUUCUGCGACAACAUCCGCCAGUUGAUGCAGGCUUACUUCCGGGACUUCACGUUCGAGAGGCUAGAGAGACCAUGGCGGGCGUUCACCGGUAGUUGGUCCAAAGCGGCCAUAGCUCGUCACUUGGGCAUCAACUCGUCAUUCAUCACCGGCGACCAUUGUUACGUGCUGGUACGAGUCGCCAGGUUCCGCGACAACCAGAAGCUGGCUGCUACGGCAGACUCGAUGAUCCUUGACGAGGCUGUUCUCAGAGAAACGGAGAACGUGACCGUAGGCGAUACAGCGAGCGUGGUGCGGUUCAUCAAACACUUUGGCUCGCACUACAUCGCCGCCUAUGUGACGGGCAACUCUUUGUACCAGGUGUUCGUGUACACGCCUCAAGCGUACUUGCGUUUGAAAGAACGCUUGAAGACGCGCGGCGUGGCGGAUCUCUCGAACCGCGAAUUAAGCAACUUCUUCUCGCCGUGGUACGCGGAGCACAUGGGUUCCAUACAAGCCGCGAGCGGCAACCGCACCGUCGAGGCAUGGGCGGUGGAACGCCUUCGAAACCAAUAUUACAUUUUCUCGUACGCUAGCCUGCUGAAAUUGCACGGGGACGCGUUGUUGCUGAAGCAACUGGAUGGACUUCUCGAAGACGAGGCGUUGCUGCAGUUGCAACUGCGAACGCUGGCUCCGAUCUUUAAGGAUCCUCAACGACGCGAUUGGUUCCUCGAAGUAAUCGACAAUUACUUUAAGUUAUGGGAGGUGAACAUGUGAAUUCGUGUACCGAUCCUGAAAUGGACGAAAGGACCUCCUACGUAUUCCUCGCGUGGUUGGAGAACCACAAUACACACGUAUCUACAAGAAGAUGGAAGAAGCGUUGACCAGUGACGUCGACGAGAAUCCGUUCCUGUAAAACGAUUACAGUUUUUCGACCGUCGAUCAAACACGGUCCACGACGGAAGUUCACUGUUGUCCUUCCGUCGAACGAACGCUAGGAUUUAAUAGAGAAAACCAUCCAACUGCUAUGUUGUUAUAAAUAAGUAUUUAUUAUUAUAUAAUCGAUAAUAGAAAACAUUUUUAUACAAACGUUUUAAAUAUAUAUAUAUAUAUAUAUAUAUAUAUAUAUAUAUAUAUAUGUAUAUGUAUGUAUAUCACAAGCAAUUUUCGCAGUAAUGUUUGACUGAAAAACGCGCGACGUCUUCCUUCCGUGUUUUCUGAGAAUUUCGUAGACCAACACGGAAACAGGAGUCGCGAUUUUUCUUCUUCGUAUUUUUGAGUUUGAUUCUGUUUUCGAGCGUAAUUGAAAUUCGAAACGAUACGUGUGAAAAUAAAUUAUACGCGCGAUAUAUUUUAUACUCUAGGAUAAGUUUCUAUCCUUAGAAAAUCCUGGACGUUUCGAUGUAAGUAUUUGAGUAUACGUGAAAAAGAACAGAAGCGAUUAACUUAUGUUUCUUAGAAGAAAAAGUUUGAUAUUAUUGGCACGAUGGAACAACGAAAGGAACUGUUUUAAAAAAAGUUACUUUAUUAAAAAAACGACUUUCAUCGUGAAAGUAAAACUUGAAACAAUUAAAAUAACAAUAGUGUUGAGUUAAAUCUGACGACGAGAUUAAUAUAACAGGUUCUUCAAAAGACAAUCAUUUGAAGAUUGAAAAAUACGUACGAUAAUGUAUUAUAAAAGAUCAGUAUUUUUGUACGCGAUUCGAUUAUACGACGCAUUCUUUAACUGAUUUUUAAAGUGCAGAAAGAAAUCUAAAGUACUCGCAUUUAUUAAUUUUUAUAAAAAUUUGCAGAUAUGCUAUGUAUAAAAUUAUAAUUAUUAUUAAACUACA